AUGCCGAUUAAAAAAGCAUUGAUUUCGCAAGAAGAAAAAGUUUUGUGGCUACAAUUUUAUCAAAAAAUUUUAACUCGUGAUGGUUUAGAAAGUUUAGUCGAUUCAACCGGUGCUAUAACAGAAUUAGUAUUUCUUCCAAAUCUUACAUUUGCUAUGAUAUCAACAAUUUUACAUAAACUACAAUAUUUGCCAGAAGAUUGUUUCAUUACAUUGCCAAUUGAAGUAAUUAGUUCAUUGGUCCGAGCUGCAGUUCCAAAACUUGAAAAAACAUUUGAAUUUAUCUCUGCUAUUGUUGAUGGCGUUCGAAAGAGACAAAUUUUGAGUGUAGCAAUGAUCUUUCACAAAAGAGAUGAUAUCAACACAAUUUAUGAUUCAUAUGAAUUUGUUUAUGAUUAUGAAAAACAAGUGGGUCGUUUGACCUCAACAUCGAUUGAAACUUUAGAACACUUGUUUUAUCAACUUGAAAACAAAUUUAGUUGGACAGAAAAGGUGCCAAAUGAUGUCGAAUUGUCAUUUAUACUACAAGUUUAUGAUCAUUUUCAAAAUAAUGAAAGUUUAGUUCCUACGCCAUUUAAAUUUAUCAGUUCAAACACGAAUCAAGUCUAUAAAAAUUAUCCAUCAUCGUCAAUUCUGGGUGUUUUAAAAAGUACAAAUGGAGAAAUUCAAUUUAAAUUUGCGCCACCAACUAAAGAAGCAUAUAGUGAAGAUGAAACAUCAAUGGAUAUACAAAAACCAACGAAAGAAAAACAAGUACUAGCCGCUGAAAUAGCAAUUCAAACGGCAGUUGCUCGCGGUAAUGAAACAAUCACUGAUUUGUCGACAGACAUUGCUGCUGCCUAUGUGAAAACAAGUACACCAAAACCAAGUGAGACGGCCUCCAAAAAUAUUCGAGGUAUAAUAACACCAGCACUUCGCGAUUUAUCAACAAUUCGGGCUACACCCUCAAUAAUUGAGACGACCCCAACAAGAAAACAAACACUUCGUGGUGCGGCGACUGUUCCUCAAACAAUAAUUGCAUCGGAAAUUGAUAUUCCUGGUACACGAAAAGUUUUCGUAGCAAGUACACCCAAAGCAGGUGAAACACACUCAAAAAUAAUGAUAGACGGUCGACAAACGUCAUCAUCUCGUCUGCAAAAUUUGUCAACAAUUCGUGCUUCACCAUCUGUUAAAGCGACGUCCACUAAAAUCACAAAUACUCCUAUUCCUAGUGGUGCGACAGCUCGAAAACAAACUGUUCGUGGACAAGCAGUAGCACAUCCAAAAACUGAUUAUGAAGAUGAUGUUGACGAGGAGCAAGACGAAUUACUUGGUCAUAAUACGGAACAAAUAAGAGUACAAAAAUUAAAAGUAUUCAAAACACCGAAAAAACAAGACGAAGGCGAAGAUUUGACAUCAACGGUAAUAUCAUCAAUAUCGCAGGUUUCAAUUUCAACACCACCUACGGGCAGAAAACGUCGAACGGAUAGUUCACACGAAUCUUCAUCACCCAAAACCCCUCGAACAACAAGAAGAAAUGUCUUGUCAAGCAAAAAUGACGAUAACACAGUUCCGAUUACAUUAUCUCCAAUGUUAACUCGUAGUACAACGAAAAAACUGGCAGCAUUAGAAAUAAAGAGCGAUAAAACAGAUGAUGUUUUAUCUCGUAAAAAAUUGAAUUUCGACGAAUCAACAUUGUCUACACAAUCGGUAAGUAUCAUACGUUCUCAUUCGAUAUAUAUCUAAAUUUUCUUGAAUUCUACAUGAUUAUGUUUUUACUUGUGUUUUGAGACAUAUAGAAAAUGAGUUCUGAAUAUUUGAUUGAUCGUUAGAGACAAUAUAUGAAAAAAGUGUUUUUCAACAUAGAUCCUAUGUGUUUUGUUGUUUUCUGAUUAUGCAGAUUUCUUUGCUUUUCAUUUUAGAAACACUCGUCAUCUCGUCCAAAAAAACAAUCCGUUAGCGAAAAACAUUUAUCAUUCGGUGGGUAGGCAAUACAUAGAGCUAAGCUAAUUUUUCUUUUUUCUAGAUUAGCGCUAUUGAUAAUCGGCAAUUCAUUUCAAUUUAAUGAAAUUCAAUAUUAUGAAAAUGAAAUAGUGUCUUAUUAGUAUAGACCUACACUGUAUGCGUUCUUUAGUUUUACUUUUUUGUAAGCGAAAUGCGUUGUUGACUAAUUAGACUUAUGAAAUAAAUGAAGGAAACAAGAUUUUUCUUAUAAAAUAUCAAAUCUGUUAAAAAACUGUCAAUUUUAAACGCGUAUAACUCGAUCACGAUGUUUGACCUACGAGGGAAAGACCCUACGUUGCAAAUCGUUUUUUCGAUAAAACUAAGUAGACUAUAUGUAAUUAAUGAUGCUAAUUCCAAAUAUGAACAUCGGAGUUGCUCUUAGGCUUUUAUUGACAAGUUUUCUGAAAAUUGAACCUGCAGAAAACCAAAAGAAGAGAAAAAUUCGGAGAAGAAAAGUUUUUCUGAAUGCGCCAUUUUGUAGAGGACACAAAACUGUCUAUGUUCCAUAAAUUUUUGUUUUUCAAAACAAAAAUCAACAACGUAGGAAAAUUUCUGGUUUUGAUAGAAAAAUGCAGAGCUGGGCAAGUCAAGUCAUCUUUGACUUGGUAAAUUUUUCCAUGACUCAACUUGACUUGACUUGGAGAUUUUUUGAAAAGACUUGGCUUGACUUGUGACUUGGCCUGAAAAAUCAAGCCAAGUCAUCAACUAAGAAAAUCAGGUUUUUGUGGCGAAGUUUUGGAUAAAAAAUACAUGUCGGGGAUUUUAAUCCAGUAUUAGAUAAAAGUGCACUUCCACCGAAAAACUAUGGCUUUAUAAGUGAUUUUGGACAUUCUCCAAAAGUAAUUAUGAAGACUAAAUCGCAGAAAAAUCCAUUCUUUAUCACUACAGUAGGCGAGUACUCAAGAUUCCGCGCUUACUGUAAUGACUAUAAAGAAAGGUGAAGUCCGCAUAAGAACGGAAAUCGGCCCACUAACAAUAAUCGGUCCAUACCUCAUCAAAAUCACAUCCAAUUAUGAUAUUCGAUGAUUUCGACCCUUCCGACCGCUUUUAGUCGAAUAUACCCAACAGAAUCCACUCGAAAAGGAGCGAUGAUUUAGCACCCAC